GCAUCGGUGGUGCUGGUUCAUGAAUCCUCAUUCUGAGUUGCAUAUCUAAGCAUCAACAAACGCGAAGAUGGCGGCCAGGACGAUGCAAGCGGCGCGAUGCCCCACAGACGAGCUGUCUCUGACCAACUGCGCUGUGGUGAGCGAGAAGGACCUACAAUCUGGACAGCAUGUGACGGUGAAGACCACCCCCAACCACAAGUUCGUGUUUACUGUCAAGAGCCACCACACCGUAGCACCCGGCACCAUCGCAUUCAGCCUGCCCCAGAGGAAAUGGGCCGGUUUAUCCAUUGGCCAGGAAGUGGAAGUGGCCAACUAUAACUUCGAUAAGUCCAAGCAGUGUAUCGGCCUAAUGACCAUAGAGAUCGACUUCCUGCAGAAGAAGAGUACGGACUCCAGCCCCUACGACUCCGACAAGAUGGCCGGAGAGUUCAUCCAGCAGUUCAACAACAUGGGCUUAAGUGUGGGACAACAGAUGGUGUUCAGUUUCUGUGACAAGCUGUUUGGCCUGAUGAUCAAGGACAUCGAGGCCAUGGACCCCAGCAUCCUGAAGGGAGAGCCCGCCUCCGGCAAGAAGCAAAAGAUUGAGAUCGGCCUAUUGGUUGGAAACAGUCAGGUGAUCUUCGAGAAGGCAGAGAGCUCCUCCCUCACCCUAGUGGGUAAGGCCAAGACCAAAGAGGCUCGUCAGACCAUCAUCAACCCCGACUGGAACUUCGAGCGCAUGGGCAUCGGAGGCCUGGACAAGGAGUUCUCAGACAUCUUCAGGAGGGCCUUUGCAUCCCGCGUCUUCCCGCCCGACAUCGUGGAGCAGAUGGGCUGUAAGCACGUGAAGGGAAUCCUCCUCUUUGGUCCUCCUGGUUGUGGUAAGACCCUGAUGGCUCGUCAGAUCGGUAAGAUGCUGAACUCCCGGGAACCCAAGGUGGUCAACGGCCCCGAGAUCCUCAACAAGUACGUGGGAGAGUCAGAGGCCAACAUCAGGAAGCUCUUCGCUGAGGCCGAGGACGAGCAGAAGAGGCUGGGAUGCAACAGUGGUCUUCACAUCAUCAUCUUUGAUGAGUUGGACGCCAUCUGCAAGCAGAGAGGCACGGGGGCCAGCAGCACAGGCGUGCACGACACCGUGGUCAACCAGCUGCUGUCAAAGAUAGACGGAGUGGAACAGCUCAACAACAUCCUCGUCAUUGGCAUGACCAACAGGCCUGACCUGAUCGAUGAUGCUCUGAUGCGACCUGGACGAUUUGAGGUGAAGAUGGAGAUCGGCCUGCCUGAUGAGAAGGGUCGUUUCCAGAUCCUGAACAUCCACACUAAGAAGAUGGUGGAGUACGGCCUGUUGGCUGUGGAUGUUAACCUGAAGGAGUUGGCUACUGAGACCAAGAACUACAGUGGAGCUGAACUGGAGGGUCUCGUCAGGGCCGCGCAGUCCACUGCCAUGAACCGACACAUCAAGGCCACAUCUACGGUGGAGGUGGACACGGAGAGAGCUGAGAAGCUGCAAGUCGUCCGAACGGACUUCAUGGGCUCCCUCAACAACGACAUCAAGCCUGCGUUUGGUACUAACCAAGAGGACUACUCGAGCUACAUCAUGAAUGGCAUCAUCAAGUGGGGGGAGCCUGUCACACGCGUCCUGGAAGACGGAGAGCUGCUGGUACAGCAGACCAAGAACAGCGACCGCACACCUCUAGUCACAGUCCUACUGGAAGGUCCUCCCCAUUGUGGUAAGACAGCCCUGGCCGCUAAGAUAGCAGAGGACUCUGAGUUCCCCUUUAUCAAGAUCUGCUCUCCGGACAAGAUGAUCGGACACUCCGAGAUCUCCAAGUGCCAGGCCAUCAAGAAAGUCUUCGAUGACGCAUGCAAGUCCCAGCUCAGCUGUGUGGUGGUGGAUGACAUCGAGCGCCUGCUGGACUAUGUGCCCAUUGGUCCUCGCUUCUCCAACCUGGUGCUACAGGCCCUGCUGGUCCUGCUCAAGAGAUCUCCUCCUAAGGGUCGUAAGUUGAUGGUGAUCGGCACUACCAGCCGCAAGGACGUGCUUCAGGAGAUGGAGAUGCUGGACGCCUUCAGCACGUCUAUUCACGUCAACAACAUCUCCACUGGAGAACAGCUCAUGGAGGCUCUGGAGCUGCUGGGUAGUUUCUCGGAGAAGGAGCGGGCCACCAUCUCUCAGCAGGUGAAGGGCAAGAGGGUUUGGAUCGGCAUCAAGAAACUCCUCAUGCUCAUCGAGAUGUCCCUACAGAUGGACCAGGAUUACAGAGUCAGCAAGUUCCUGCAGUUGCUGAGAGAGGAGGGAGCGUAA